CACGGCGGUACGUGUCGGUGCGUCACUGUGCUUCUUCCUCCGCCACAGACUGACACACAUCCACAGAUAUGGCUCUGUGAGAAGGCACAUGGUGGCGGCUAACCAUGAACCAAAAAAUAAAUCACCAAAAACAGUUCAUGCAUCAGUAGCAACCCGAUUUCCUUUAUUUUUUGGGGGGUGAUUCAACCAUUGCAACAACUGCACUAGACAUACAAUUGGUUUCCACUGUUACGGGGAGAGAAGCUAGCAAGCAACUUGGAACCCCUCCUCGCUUUUCCUGUUUUACUGAGCUAUUUUACUCGGUUUUUAAACAGUUUUUUUGGGGGUUGCAAUCGCUCUUUUUAUUUAAUUUUUUAAAGACAGUCAUCAUGGGUGUGCAAGGUUUCCAAGAAUACAUAGAAAAGCACUGCCCUACUGCCGUGGUGCCCGUGGAGCUCCAGAAGCUCGCCCGGGGCAGUCUGGUCGGAGGAGGCAGGCAGAGAGCACCACAGAGCCCGCUACGGCUGCUGGUUGACGCGGAGAACUGCCUCCACCGACUCUACGGGGGUUUCUACACCGACUGGGUGAGUGGCGGGCAGUGGAACCACAUGCUGGGCUACCUGGCUGCCCUCGCCAAGGCCUGUUUCAACGGUAACAUUGAGCUACUGGUUUGUUUCAAUGGCGCCAUGGAGAAAGGCCGUCUUCACGAAUGGGUGAAACGACAGGUGAACGAGAGACAGACGGCGCAGCAGAUUGUCAGCCAUAUCCAGAACAAGGGGACUCCUCCGCCGAAGGUCUGGUUCCUUCCCCCAGUGUGCAUGGUCCAUUGCAUCCGGUUGGCCCUACUCAGGUUCCACAUUGGGGUUGUCCAGAGUAUCGAGGAUCAUCACUUGGAGGUGAUAUCUCUGUGCAGGGAGAACGGGUUCCACGGCCUGGUGGCGUACGACUCGGACUAUGCGCUGUGUAACAUCCCCUACUACUUCUCUGCCCACGCCCUGAAGCUGAGUCGCAACGGGAAGAGCCUGACCACCUCCCAGUACCUGAUGCACGAAGUGGCCAAACAACUGGACCUUAACCCCAACCGCUUCGUCAUCUUCGCUUCACUUUUAGGUAAUCACAUACUGCCCGAUGAAGACUUGGCUGCCUUUCACUGGAGUCUCCUGGGUCCAGAGCAUCCGCUAGCAUCGCUCAAGGUGCGCGCCCACCAGCUAGUGCUCCCUCCUUGUGACGUGGUUAUCAAGGCAGUGGCUGACUACGUUCGUAACAUGACGGACUUCAGCGACCUGGAGGCCAUCGCUAACGACAUCUUCAGGCACUCACAGUCCAGGACUGAUGACAAAGUUGUCCGCUUUAAGAAAGCAGUGGAGUACUACUCAGCAGCCAGCACGUCUCAACACUUCUCACCUUACCAAGUUGGACCAAACCAGACAGGAGGACCUGUAGUUUCUCCAGUAGCAGCAGUUCUGUCACACUACGCAGCUCUAGCUCCGUUGCCUCAGACGCUCAACAUUCCUCCCCUGUCGGGGAAAGCUGGGGUCCAGCCUGCCUACACAGCCCCCCCGGUCGUAGAGCCUGGCCCUGGGACUGGGGCUAAUGCUGGUCCUGGUGGUGACCCUGGUCUCAGUCCUGGUACUUGUGGUUCUGUUCUGGCUGUGGAGUCAGCGGUGGGGAAGACCCUGGCAGAGCAGGUCCCAAGCAGCUUCAGCAGCAUUCCUCCUAAAGAGAAGCACACGCCGCUUUACGAGAGGUCUUCUCCCAUCAACCCCUCUUUUCCCCCGGGGGGCACGGCCGCCACCAGCCCCUCAUCCUCCUCCUCCACCACCUCCUCAGAGAACGAGGACAACGCAGGCUUCACUGCCAAUCAUGUAAGUGACCAUAAAGGAGGAUGGGACAGACCAUCAGAGAGCACAGCAGAGGGGGAACUGGGAGGAUGGGACAAACCAUCAGAGAGCACAGCAGAGGGGGAGCUGGGAGACCAAACCAAGGCUAACCCAACGGUGACCUCUCCUGUGGCUCAGGGGUUAGAGGACAUCGGUCAUCUGAAUGCCCAGAUCCCGUCUUUGCUGUCAAUGCCGACCAGGAACCACAUGGACAUCACUACCCCUCCACUCCCCAUGGUGGCUCCAGAGGUCCUCAGAGUGGCCCAACACAGACACAAGAAGGGCCUGAUGUACCCCUACAUCUACCACAUCCUAACCAAGGGGGAGAUAAAGCUGUCCGUCACCAUAGAGGAUGAGGCCAACCAGGAGCUCCCGUCAGCAGUGCAGCUGUUCAGACCCAUCCGACAGCAUGUUUACGGGGUUCUCUUCAGCCUGGCUGAAGCCAAGAAGAAGGCUGAGAGACUAGCCAUGAGGCGCAACCGUCUGCCUGAAUACCCCCCUGUGGCAGUGAAGGAGUGGGCAGCCUACAAGGGGAAGUCCCCCCACACCCCAGAGCUGGUGGAGGCUCUGCCCUUUAGAGAGUGGACCUGUCCAAACCUGAAGAAACUGUGGCUGGGCAAGGCUGUGGAGGAUAAGAACGGCAGGAUGAGGGCCUUCCUGGCCUGUAUGAGGUCAGAUGCCCCAGCCAUGCUCAACCCAGCCUGCGUCCCCACACAUCUCCUGGUUCUCUGCUGCGUGUUGAGGUUUAUGUUACAAUGGCCAGGAGUACGAGUUUUGCGUGGUAAGGAACUGGACGCGUUCCUAGCCCAAGCACUUUCUCCCAAACUGUAUGAGCCUGAACAGCUGCAGGAACUCAAGAUUGAUAAUCUGGACCCCCGCGGCGUGCAGCUGGCUGCUCUGUUCAUGAGCGGCGUGGACAUGGCCUUAUUGGCCAACGACGUGUGUGGCCAGCCAAUCCCCUGGGAGCACUGCUGCCCAUGGAUGUACUUUGACGGCAAGCUGCUGCAGAGCAAACUGAUCCGGGCCGUUCGGGACAAGGCUCCGCUCAUCGACCUCUGUGAUGGUCAGGUGGAUCAGGUGAACAAGGUGAAGAAAAUGCGUCAGAGCAUCCUGGAGGGGCUUAACUUCUCGCCACCUCCUCCCCCCACCCCCACGCCAUGCCUUUCUACCCCCCAAGGGGGGCCUUCUACCCCCCACCCCACAUGAUGCCACUGCAGGGCAGGAGCAGGAGCAUGGGCAUGCCUCGUCUACCAAGCAUGUCCACCCAGGGCGGGAAGCUGGAGAUAGCAGGCACGGUGGUGGGCCAGUGGGCUGGCAUCAGACGGGGCCGAGGCAGAGGAGGCUUCCCUAUCCAGGUGGUGUCUGUCGGGGGACCAAACAGAGG